UAGCUUGCUGCCAGCCCAUGAUGGUCAGAAGCCAUUGUACUACCAGGCAUCGCACUGAAGUCUACAAAAGCAAAGGCUGUAAUUACCUGUUUAACAGUUGUUUUUACCCGAGCAGCAACAUAGAAUUUGAACAGUGAAAUAAAGCGUAUGGUCGAGAAAGUAAAAGAAAACAAGACGUUUACACAGGCCGAACGACGACUGUAUUUGUAAGCAGGGAAGUUACGCUUGGCGGAGGGAUUCAACCGACUUUUGUAGACAUCGGAAGAGGAAAAGCCGCCGUCUUAUUCCUCACAUAUUGCUAAUUUCCUCGAGAUAUCUUCGUUUUACAGUCCGUGCGUGGCUUUUCUCUUCGGUCUGUGCCCUUAUUUAGAUGGCAAGCUUCCCAGAUUCUGUAAACGAAAAUGAUAUAGGUAAGGCAAAGUUCAUCGGUGAACUCCUGGUGCCUGUUGCUCCCUUCGACCAGAAGUCUGGGCGGGAGACUUGGACAGUAGCCUUUGCACCCAAUGGUUCCUACUUUGCCUGGUCUCAGGGGCAUCGCAUAGUCAGGCUCAUUCCCUGGGCAAAAUGUCUGAAGUACUUUUCAACCGGGCAUGGCGGAGAGGCCACCAAUGCCUUGAGCCCCCGCCGCUUGUCCCGUCAGAACAGCGACGGAGGCCAGGUAAUCCCGACGGCCGACGAGCCCCGAGAACAUACCAUCGACUGCGGUGACAUUGUCUGGGGCUUGGCCUUCGGCUCAUCCGUUCCAGAGAAGCAGAGCCGCUGUGUUAACAUCGAGUGGCACCGCUUCAAGUUUGGUCAGGACCAGCUGCUACUGGCAACAGGCCUCAACAACGGUCGCAUCAAGAUCUGGGAUGUAUACACUGGAAAACUCUUGCUGAAUCUGAUGGAUCACACUGAUGUCGUGCGAGACUUGACCUUUGCUCCUGAUGGCAGUCUCAUGCUGGUCUCUGCAUCCAGAGAUAAGACCCUCCGUGUGUGGGACCUCAAAGACGAUGGUAACAUGGUGAAGGUUCUGCGGGGGCAUCAGAACUGGGUGUACUGCAGCGCCUUCUCCCCUGACUCCUCCAUCCUGUGCUCAGUUGGCGCCGGCAAAGCAUAUCUGUCUCUCUUCGUAGGCUUCUGCCGGAGGUGCGAGCCUAUUGUGUUCCUAUGGAACAUGGAUACAUACACCUUGAUCCAGAAGCUGGAGGGGCACCACAAUGAUGUGGUGUCUUGUGAGUUUUCACCAGAUGGGGCGCUGUUGGCCACCGCCUCUUAUGACACCCGGGUCAUCGUAUGGGACCACCACAAGGCCACCGUCCUGUUGGAACUAGGCCAUCUCUUCCCUCCGCCAUCACCCAUUUUUGCUGGAGGAGCAAAUGACCGCUGGGUUCGCUCUGUGAGCUUCUGCCCUGACGGUCGCCACAUUGCCAGCAUUACUGAUGACAGGCUGGUUCGUUUUUGGAGCAUAGAGGAAAGGGCUCCUCAGGCCAUCGCUUCUCUCUCUAAUGGCCUCUGCUGUGCCUUCUCCGCUGAAGGAAGUGUCCUUGCUGCUGGGACUCGUGAUGGUAGUGUGCACUUCUGGGAGUCUCCUCGGAGCAUUGCCAGUCUGCAGCACAUGUGUAGGAUGUCUCUCCGUCGGGUGACGACCACCCAGCAGGUGGAGGCCCUAGCCAUUCCUACACCGCUCCGCGACUACCUGACCUACAAAGUCAUCUAAUGCCCACGACCACCACAGCAGCAGCUGACUCAACUGCACCUGUCACAGCAGCAUCAUGCAGGACAACCAAUUAAUUAUUUUCUGACAAAACUGCCAUCAAACCUUGUUGAACAUAUAAAAGCAAUCACGAAAGGCAGAACGAGUUACAUGUUACUGAAACCUCAGAGCCACAGCUUGGUCUCAAACCCCCCAACAUCCACUCAAAGAAAGAUAUUGUUUUGUUUUGUAAAAAAAUAUUUUUGUAAGUACUUUAGCAACCAACCUGUAAGGUCAAGUGUUUUGGGGGCCUCCUGUCCCCUCUAUCAUAUCAGUGUGGUAAGUGGCCAGCUCCUCUUCCAGCUGCCUCCAGCUCUCAACAGGUUCCGUAAACCCAUCAUUUUUUCUUCCAACUUGAAAUGUGUGCUUUUGUUUGUAAGUAGGUGAACUAAAGGGAAGAGACGCAGGAUUUUGAAGGCAAAUACUAGAUCUGUGAACUACUGAUAUUAUAGACAACUAGUAGCUUUAGAUUAUUGCCAUGGCAUAAAAGAAAAACAAAGUCAAGCACUUAUUGUUCUCUCUUAGGUUUGACACACAACAUUUGCCAGAUGUGCUGCUCAGCCGUUAUAUGAUCCAAUACAGUAUGUAACGUUUCAUUUAAUUUCUGCUCUUUGGUCACACCAGAAACCGGCAAAGUGAGGAUUCUGAAUUAUAAGCAGCACCAGAAGCUAGCUACCAAGCUAGUUACUUCACUGGCCAGUGAGCCAGAAGGAUGACUCGGAUAUUAGAUCAUUGCAAUUCUAUUGUUAUUGACAAAUAUUUAUGACAAGAAAUUGAGGUACAGAAAUGCCAAAGCUAUAUUUUAAACCGUAUCUUGCUCAGUACACCUCGUGGUCCCAAUUUAUGAAAAACUAAUUUAAGUGAACUGAUGUAUCAUUAUUGGGUUUUUAAACUUUUAAAUAUCAGUAUCUGUAUUGGCCUCAAAAAUCCUGCAUCGGUCAGGGGUACACACUGUCUAUUUGAUUGGUUUACCAGAGAACACGAAGUAUGUCUUCAUUCAUUUGGAUUACCGUAUAAUUGUGCUUUCAGAAAUCUACACUUUCUAGACUGUCGACCAACUACAAAUACCAGUUUGAUAGUUGGUGGUGGUAAUGCACAAAGAAACAUGAACCAACAAAGCAGGAACAAGGAUGUAAACAAGGUCGGCACCAAACCGUCUACAAUCGCGCUAGCAAAGGGUACCUUUUUUUAUUUCAUUUAUUUAAAAGCGUGCUACAAAACUACACUAACUGGCUGUCAACAAAAUGUCUGUAAAUUGCAAACCAACAAUUGGUCCAAUUACAUGCAGGUGUAAAAAAUAAAUAAAUGUUUUACCGGACUGGCAACAUAAAUAGCAACAGUAUGCUUGAAUUUUCUUAAGUUUGCAUGCCCUGUUCUCUGUGUGUGUGUGUGUGUGUGUGACAGUAAUGUAAAAAAUGUAUGAGAUUCUAUGUCUAUUAACAAGUUUAAGCUUUUUUUUCCCACUUGUCAUUUUUAUCCAGUUCUUCUGUUGAACUUUUGUAUUUUGAUCUUUUUGUUCUUCUUUUUAAAUGUGAAAAUGUCUACAAAUAAUUACACAUCUUACUGCUAGAGCCCAGAGAGAAAAGGUGUAUUACAUUUCUUUACAGGUCAGAUUACACUAUGAAAGUGUUACUGUGCCCUGUCACUACUUUUUGCAGUAUGUAGAAAUUUCAAUAAGCAAUUCCAGGAACCCUGAACUUAAUCAAACGCACCCAACCAAUCAGUGGCCAGCCUCGGUUAUCUGGUGUUAAAGACCUUCAUGUUCACUCUUGAUAGAAAUGUAUGCACAUGAUAAUCCACGAUGAUCCUUUAAGAUGCAGCAUUCUUAGAAUCUUGUGUUUCUUGAUUGUCAUUUUCAGUUUGUGCCAGUGCUAUGCGAUGUGAAGAACGUGAGCCUUUAGUAUUGUCACGUUUGUGUUUGUGUAGGAAGGUGGGUGGGUGCAGAACAGCUGUCAAUCAUUCUUUGCAAUAAGUUAUUUGACAGUCAGUGCUACUGCCAAAGGUUUUCCUUUUCAGUAAGUUUAUGAGUUGUCUGAGUAGUUUCCUGCUGAGAUCUCAUGAAUGGGCUGCAGUGCUUAAUGGGGGUUUUACAUUACAUGAAUUUUGUAAACCUGUAACUAUGGUGAUUAGAAAAACGGUGAGAGAGAUGCAGUAAAUAUAUCAAAUAUAUAUGAAUGUAUAAAGUUCCUUUUCUUGUAAUUAUUUUUUUGUGUUUGUAGUUUCAAUAAAAGCUUUUUCACUAAA